UAGACCCUGAAAAAAAUAUUUCAUUAAAAAAAAAAGCCCUUUAUUAAGAAGCAGCUGGAAACGCCUCAUGCAUUGUGUCAUUUCAAUAAAAAUAAAUAAAAAAGAUUCUUUUCUUUUGUCUUUCCUGUAGCGGAUUGGGAAAUCAACCUUGGAAAUACCGCCCCUUACGUUAAACAUAAAUCGUCAACAUCCUCAACUUCAUCGUUAUAUAUAUUAUCCCCCCCGACCAUUUUUUACAAAAACAGGCCAUUUGCUUAUUCAUUUCAUUUUUGUAAAUUCCAGCAUGGGUGUCUUCACUCGUACAGAUGAGUAUACUUCCCCAAUCCCUCCGGACAGGUUGUUCAAGGCCUUGGUCCUUGAUGCUCACAUCCUGAUCCCAGAGCUCAUGCCAGAGGCUGUUAAGAGCAUUGACACCCUCGAAGGUGACGGAAGAGCAGGAAGCAUCAAGAAGAUCAACUUCGCUGAAGGCAUCCAGCUCAAAUCUGUGAUAAACAGGGUUGACGAAGUCGACGAAGAGAACUUUGUAUAUGCUUACACUUUGGUUGAAGGAGAACCAUUAGUAGUGGAGAAACUUGAAUACAUCACUUAUAAGGCUAAGUUUGAAGCUGCAUCAGAUGGGGGUAGUAAGAACCGGUUGGUCAGCAAUUACUACACCAAGGGUGACAUUGUGCUGAAAGAGGAAGAAAUAAAAGCUGGCAGGGAAAAGGCCUUGGGGAUGUACAGAGUUGUGGAAACCUAUCUCCUCCAAAAUCCUGAUGCUUAUGCUUAAAUUUUUAGGGGUGGGGUAGGGGGCGGUGGGGGUUUCGCCUUCACUAGCUUGUGGGGAUUGAUAAAUAGAAAUAUGCUUGACAAUGCCUGUGACUACGGCCAU